AUGGGUUCGAUAGUGCUGAAGUCCUUAUCCGUGCUUUUGGGAAUAUUCUUUGUAUUCGUCGGUACGAUGAAACUGACGUCGCACAUCAGUAAAGAUCUCCACAAAGAUCUGAGGAAGGAGUACGUCAAGUAUGCCAAGGUUUUUCCCUUAUCGGAGACGCUCGACUUCAAAGUACCGAGUAAAUGGUACCGAAGGGUUGUCGGAUCUCUUGAAAUCGUCUGCGGUCUGGCCAUGGCGUUGGUUCCCAGCCACAACGUGAAAAACGCCUCCAACUUCGUACUUUUACUCCUUAUGCUCAUGGCCGUUUAUUCCCACUACAUGGUCAACGAUAAAUUCGAGCGAAUCGCACCGGCAUUGGUAUUUUUCUUCAUGCUAACCGGUCGAUUGGUUAUUGAUUGGCAAUUGAGACGUCAAGACGGUCAGCCGAUCACCGCAAAUGGGAUUGACGACAGAUCUAAAAAGCAAGACUGA